CCAACCAUUUGACAGUUAAAGGAAGCGCACUUUUUGUAUAUUUUUUUGAGCCCAAUACAAUCGAGUUUUGAUGUUGUGCUCCUUUUUUUUGUGUUUCUAUUCUGGACCAAGCCUUCAUGUUCAACAACGCUAAAUCAUUAAGCUCUCCUUUAUUUACUAAUCAAGGUUGUAGGUUUGCAUGGAUAUGGAGAACGAAGAGUCGGAGGAUGCUUUUCAGUCGUCACUAGAACCAGAUGUAAUUAUUGACGAUGAUUCUAAGGAAGAUGCGGGAUAUUACCAAAGCGAUAGUCAAGAAGAAGAGCACAAUGGCAAUUCAAAAAGAGGCAGCCAACAGUUUUCCUUAAUUCCUAUUAAUCAACACUCGAUUAAAUUGAAAAUGCCAAACUUGUGUGGAUAUGGUCUGGAAAAAGUGCGCAAAACUCAUAGAUCUCCAAGGCAAACUGUAAGACUGAUAACUAGUGAAGAACUGUUACAAGCCGAUGUUCGCAGUUCAAGCUUGAAAAGAAAAUCUCUUCCAUUAGAGAAAUGUCCUAUUUGCAAAAAAUUCUUCCGUCGCAUGAAAACACAUUUGCAGAAACAUGAAAAUAUGAGGCGAGAUCCGAACGACCCAUUAACGUGUAAAUUUUGCAUGAAAGCGUUUAACACAGGCAGUAAUUUAAUAAUACACAUGCGAACACAUACCGGUCAUAAACCGUACAUAUGUGAGGUUUGUACAAAGGGCUUCGCGCAAUCCUGUAAUUUAAUUAAUCACAUGCGUAUUCAUACGGGAGAACGACCAUUCAAAUGUCCGCAUUGCGAUCGAGCGUUUACACAAUCGGGAAAUCUUGGCAAUCACGUUCGGUUGCAUACCGACGAAAAACCAUUUAAAUGUCAUUUUUGUGAGAAAGCUUUUACACAGUCGGGAAACUUAAAUUCUCACAUAAGAAACAACCACAAAUUUGUAAUAAAUGGAACUGAUCUAAGUACCAUGCAGUAGCUUUAAGGAUCGUAAAUGCAAUACUCAUAUCAAUCUUAUAUACGCUUCAUAUUUUUGCUUUAUUGUAGUAUUAAAGAUACGUAAAAUUAAGAAGAAAAGUCUGCUCAUGAUUAAUGUUGUAUUUUCAUAAGUAUAAGCAAUAUGAUUAUGCGAAAGUACUUCCAAGUGGAUAUUUGAAACAUUG